AUGCAGGCUCAAGACAUAGUCACUAGUUGGGCAAAUGACGCGUUUCGCACUCUGGUCCCAUACCCGCACGAACGCAUACCCGUCAACAAGAACCAUGUCCCUUAUAUUCUCGUCCCCGUCAUACCCUUCAUCACCCUCGCCUAUCUCGCUCGCCGCCCAGAUACCCACCUGCUCCGCCUGCUGCUUUUGCCUAUAGUCUUUGCAGCAGCCAUUGGCACUGCAUCCCACUUUGUAUGGGAGGACCCCCGUUUCAAUGUGUACAACUGGUGCCAAGGCUUGCUAGCAGAAGCUAUAUGUGCCAAAGCCUCCUCGUACGCGUUCCACAACGAGGGCAUGCUCCGUGAUGACGAGAUAGCGCCCGACGUCAAGAAAUCCACCACCCCGGACGGCAAGCCUCUCUCCGAUUCCAAACCCGCCAACGGCACCGCCAACGGCCACCGCCCCGACGAAUUCCCCGGCUUCUGGGCCAAACUCCACGACGCCCUCGCCCUUGUCUUCUCCAUGCGCGGCAUCGGCUGGAGAUACGGCAAGGGCGUCUACAUCCCCCACGACACCCGCCCGCUCUCGCGCGGACUCUUCCUCCUCGCCACCCUCAAACGCCUCCUCCUCGGCUUCCUCGCCCUCGACCUCAUCGAGUCCCUCCUCAAACUCGUCCCCGGCGUCGGCUCCCCCUACGGCAGCACCAUCUUCUUCCCCUCCCUCCGCCUCCCACAGCGCUACCUCGUUAGCACAUCCCUGCACUUCGCCACCGGCUGUGCCCUAUACGCCGGCUUCGAAAUGGUCUACGCCCUGCUCACCCUCCUCGCCGUCGGCGUCCUGCGCGACGCGCCCGCAUCGUGGCCGCCCAUCAUGGACGCGCCCUUCGCGAGCGACUCGCUGCACGUCUUCUGGGCGCGCCGCUGGCACCAGGUCCUGCGCGAGGUCUUCUUCGUCUUCGGCGGGUACGCGGGCCGCGUCGCCGGCGGAACGCUCGGGCUCGUCCUCGGCACGUUCGUCGGCAGCGGGCUCUACCACGAGUGCGCGGCGUACGGCAUGGGCCUUGGCUUCGACUGGCGCGUGCCCGUGUUCUUUGCGCUGCAGGCGCCGCUGCUCAUCGCCGAGCGCGUGUGGAGGCGCGUGACGGGCCGCAGGGUCGGCGGGCGCUGGGGGAUGGUGUGGUUGUAUUUCUGCGUUGUUGUACUCGGCCAGCCGCUAGUGGACGCGUGGCACAAGCGGGGCCUGGCUGGCGCACACAUGCUCCCGCCCGCGAUAAGCCCCGCCCGCCAGAUCCUGAUACCUUUGGUGAUGAGCCUACGAUCGUGAAUAUUGGAUCAUCACCGUCUCACUCACUAAACGGAGUUUACGAUCCCCACACGAAUCUAACCCAAGUUAUACCAAUCUAAUCACGGAAACAUAUGCCCAUUAUAUAGAUGAUGACCCAUCUUGCUUAAUCUACAUACCCUCUCACUGCUGCGAUACACGAGUCCUUUCCCGCUUACGCUCACAUGCGAUCUGCUCGAAAUCCCAAGUUGAUCAAUUAGU